AUGCUCAACGACAGUUUAGAUGAAUUGGUUGAUAAGCUACGGUACCUGACUGGUCAGGCCGCGCCCACCGCCAAGCCGGCCCCAUCCUUGGGCCGAAGAAUUAGCGAGGAGUGCGCGCUGGUCCUGCAGCAGGCUCUGCGACGGCACCCCGCACUGAGUCUGCUCCCGCUGAGCCGGAAGGGCCUCAUGGAGACGCUGCUUCGUGAGGUAAGGGAAUCCAGCGAGGUGGCACCCUCCCCCUCCUCGGAGGUCGCCCAGCUGCUGGGAUGGGUGAACCAGGCCGCGGAGGAGCUGGAGGUAGAGCGGCUGGGUGCGGUCUUCGCGUCGCCCGCGGUGGCCUACGAGACCUUCACCCAGCGAACCCUGGAUGCUCUGGGGUUGUCCGAGGCACCCCUCAUCGAGCAAACCGUGGAGUCGCUGCCAUGCCCUUGGAAUGUCCUUUUCACACUCCUCUCCGGGCCCGUCUUCGAUGUGGACUUUUCGUCGUUAAAGCGCGCCGAGUUGCGCGUUGAGAAGGCCACCUCCAGUCUUAUACAGGGAUUGCAACGUGUGCACAGCGAUGUGUACGAUACCGCCGCGUGGCAAAACCUCAUCGGCAGCAUGGAACCCUUCCCCAUCGCGGCGGUGCGCGGUGUGUGGCAUGCGAUGCUGUAUUUCUACCCCACCAGCGGCGCCACCGUCUGCCGGUACCUCCAGAAGGAGUUAGCGGAGCUGCGGGCAACAUGGACCCCCAUCAACAAAUGCAGUGAGGAGGUCGACGCGAAGCACGUGGUAAGCGAUUGUCUGCGAAUUCUAAACACGUUUUUCCGCCAUUUGCCCCUCACGUUUAGCUGUGAUCUCUAUAUUAUGUUCUUCGAUUUCAUCACAGAAUAUGUGCAGCCGGAUAACAUGACGAUGGACACGAUUUUCCGAGUGUGUCUCCGGCGCGACGUCGGGGAGUUGCCGCAGAGCAUGCCGCUGUGGAUGCGGUACUUAAGUUGGCGAUCUACCACGCUUACCGGCGCGGUGAGGCGGCGAGAGUGGGUACGGAAAAUCUACACCCGGAUCUUGCGGACGCCUCUAUUGGAUCUGGACAGCGCGAAGGAACAUUUCGAGGCAUUCGUCUUGGCUGACCUCCACGGACGUCUCCCAGCAGAUGAAAGAACAAACAUUGAGAGGCGCUUUACCCGAGCUAAAGCCGAGGCUCUUGAGAUCGAGGAGCUGCUGAAAGGUCUGCAUGACUACCUGCCCCGCCCAUUACAGCUGUACGAAUCCAGCCGCAGCCUCAGCAUCGGGUUGAGUCGGGAGUUGGAGGCGUGGUCGUGUUGGCACGCGUUGCUGGGAAAAACGAAGCGCCGCGCAACUCAGGAUCAGAGUUCAGACCCGCUUUACUACCUUCGACGGCGGAACUUUCUACGGAUGCGAGCCUGCUGUUUCCCGCAUCAGGUGGAUAGCUGGGUCGAGCUGAUUUACUUUUGUGUCCACGAGGAGCACGUCCUGUCCGAGAAGGAAAGGACUUCCCACGCUGAGGAUGCUGUGGAGCUCGCACGGCAGUUUCUGCCCCACUCGACGCUCAUGAAUCUUUUAGUAGCAGACAUCACCGCGACUCACUUCGGUGAUUGCGCUGGAUCCUUUCGUUGUCUCCGAGACGCUUUAGUGUACUCAAAGUCUCUUUUAAUGGGUGUUAUCAAGAACCCCAGCGGAGACGUACCGUCGUCGGACCCUAGUUACGGGAGUCCAACGCACGCCCUUCGGCUCCUACAGGACAUCACCAUUGUUUCCGUAAACUGGAUGCGGAUGGGAUGCUAUCAAGCGGACCGCUUUCAUAUUUCGCUGGUAGCUCGUCACAUGAUGCACACCAUAGAUUUUCUCUCGCUAACCAUGGCUUGCAUACGGAAGUUCAUGAAGUCCGGUGAACUGCACGAGCCCACGGCCUUCUUGCAACCCUUUAAUGUGUUCUGUUUCCACUGGAUUCAAUUAGAGGUAAUUCGGAAUAAAGCCCUGGAAAUUGGACUGGGUGUGUUGAAGCAGUGGAAGGAGCACCUCAAGAUGAUGAUUACGUCUUCUCGCGGAAAGCAGUGGAACUUGAAUACGUGCGGAGUCAACGACCUUUUCAUAGAAGCCUGUCUACUGCUUCUUCGCGCCGAUGCAUCCUCCUCCGCGAUCGUGUUCGGCAUCCUCAAGGAGCUUGAAGGGGCCGUCGAAGCGGCAGAUAUCGCAGACGGCACGCUCCACUACCUCGUCGCGCAGCUACGUCAUCGGUGCUUUAGCUUACAAAACGGUGAGGAUUACUCCUGGGGGGAUGACCAGCUUCACCUGAAGCUCCUACGACCUAAAGCGGCCCCGCAUCGAUACGAUACGGCGCAAUUCUGCAGUUCACUGCUCCGUCAAGCGGAGCUGCAGGAGGUGCGCGAGAUGGCGAGGCUAGAGAUCGCCAAAUCGCUACCCAACGUCGCCGACGGCAAGGAUGGCUCCGCGCUUGUCUACCCCGAAGAGGGGGCGUGGCUGCCCACAGAUGCGAUCGAAAGUGACACCUGGAGAGCACAACCCUCGCUCAAGCAGCUGCGCAGCGAGGAAUCGGGCGCGCCUGUGACCACCGACGCGCCUCUUUCCCCGCUGAAGCCUCAGAGGCAGGAAUCCGCAUUCCACAAAACUUCUCGUGGAAUUCUUUCCCUGUCAACGACACUGCCAAGCCUCGAGGAGUGUCUUUCACGGAACAAACCAGUGCCGCCGGUUGAUAAGCUCGAUGCCCUUAUUAGGGCUCUGCCCACACUUACACAGUAUAACCCUGAGAUAGAGGAGCAGGACGCAAAGCCCCCGGCGAUCUCGGUCGAUUGGAUCCUCGACACGCUCGCCGCUUGUGCGGCAAUUCAAAAGCACAACGAUAGCUAA